GCUUCGACCGCAUUGGAUACAAUAUUCUCAUUGAAAAACUGCUAGACCUGGGCGUUAGGCGGUCUUUAAUACCCUGGAUUAUAAACUUUCUUUGUGAUCGAAGACAACGAGUUAAAAUUGGAGAAUCCUUUUCAAGCUGGCUCCCAGUGACACCUGGGGUCCCUCAAUGGACUAAACUUGGUCCAAUAUUGUUCCUCAUUAUGAUUAAUGAUUUGAGAGUAAAUUCCCCAGGCACGAAAAUGUGGAAAUUUGUAGACGAUGUCUCAUCUUCUGAAAAUCUAACAUCGAACAGUUUCUCGGCCACUCAGUCAACUCUUGAUUCUAUCAUUCAUGGGCAACUUACAAUU